AUGAGGACACCAUUGAAGGAUCGGGCAGUGUCCCCCGGUCAAGGCUUGCUGCUCAUGCCGCAUGACGACGAGGAGCAGGCGCAGGUGCGCAGGGCUAGAGCAGCUGCGCUGGGUCGCAAGUCUGGCAUCGGCGCUGGCGUGUUCUUCACAUAUGCCUCUGCGUCUGCAUCUCAGGAAUCGAAUCUUCUCUGCUGGGAGCAUAUCUUGGAGCUACACAAAAAUUGUAUCAAGCUCGCCGCGGAGAAUGUCGGAAAGCGUGUCAUGUGGCUUAGGACCAUGAACAGACAAUUUGAGGGGGUUCUUCCUGCGUUUAAAGGGGUCACGUAUCACUGCAUGAUGGUGUUGCAUUUGUGCAUGCUGGCAUUUUCCAUAGACUUUGGAUUGAAUGAGUUUUUCGGCAAUAUAUCGAGUGAUGACGAUUACUUUGUGUUACUUGUAGAAAUCACGCAAAGCAAUACAUGGGACCUCAAGUUGAUUGAUCAUCUUAGUGCUCUUGUCCAAGGAGAUGAUGAACAAGAUGACCAAGACAGCUUUCAGAAGGCUAGCUGUACGUUGGAAGCAGGUGUCAAAAUAUACUCCACGAGAGUAGAUUCCGUGCAUUUCGAGACUUACAAAGUGCUCAGCAGCCUUAAUCGUACAGCUGGAGUUAACAACGAUUGUCAACAAGCUGCAAGUAACCAAGAAGAGCACAGAAAUUGUUCCAGCAAGAGAAGUAGUAGAACCUCCAGCACAUUGGAAGCAUCGUUCGACUCUCUGAAUGUCAAACAAAUUGAUUUGGCUUUCGCUGUGGAUCCACUUUUCCAGCAAACAUCAGCGCUAUUUGAUGAAGGUGGAGCUAAAGGUCUUCUUCUCAAUUCCCUUUCCAUUUUUCAAGGAUGUGAGAUUGUGUUUGACUCUUGGGAAGUACCUGAGAGGAGUAUGUUGGUCCAAGCUAAUAACGAUGCUGAGCAGAACGCUGCUAUCAAGCUGUGCUUCAUCAAAGGUAAACCAUCCCGUGCUUUUGGACCCUUCUCUGAACAAGCCGGUUUGUGUAAUGGUUCACCAUGUGACAAUUCUGUCAAUGACGCCGAUGAAGCUUUUGAUUGUACGGAAAGUGAUGAACACCAAGAAGUCAAUUAUCUGGAUGAAGGGCUUGAAGCAAUAGAUGACGACAUUGAUGCGAAUCUGUUGCAUGGUUCAAAUCCCGAAUUGGGAGACGAAGAGGCUAGUACAAUUCUAUCUUGCUUGACCAAAGUUGUCCUAAACUGUUUAUUUAGGUUGUUUUACUAUUUUAAGGGGGUCGGUGGGGGAGAAGUGGAGUAUACUGAAGAUGGAAGUGUUGUCAACCAUACAACCGUUCAGUGGAUGAACCCUCGCUUAAUAUACCAGUCCAAUGCAUGGGCUGGACCUGAUCAUUGUAAAUAUAGAAACCCUCAAGAUGGCAUACGUGGACAAUGCAAAGAAGAAAUUUCAGGACCUUUUAAAGUCAAAAGAAAGAAACGGCAACCUUUAGUGAUUGAUUUCGAGAAUCCUUCAGAGAUAGAUUUGUCACUUUUCAAUCCAGCUCAGGUCGUUCGGUCGACAGUUCUUUCGCAACGGCGUGCAUCUUUUAAUGGUCUUCUUCCAGAUGACGUGCAUUAUGAAGCUCUGGACCUCGUGCACCUAUUUCUUCGCCCAUCUGUUCUGAGGGAAAAUCUAAUUGCAGAUCGUCAAAUACAGAGGAAUAUCCCUGGGCCUUCCGUACAGGACUACGGAUACAAUUCAGGAGACGACUCGGGAAUGGAUUGCUCUCAUGGUGACUGGACUGGUAUCGAUGGUGACGGUGAAAUUGGGGAUCCAUUAGGCACUAACUUGGUUGCUGUUCGUCGCAAGAUCCAGAAAGUCAAGGUUAACGACGAUGAAACAUCAAAGCAAGUUGACGUGCGUAACUUGAAAGAAUCUCUUUGGUCCCACCUCCAGAAUAUCCAGGCCACUAUUGACGAGGGUGAGUCUGAGAAGGAUGCCAGACCUUUCCAAAAUCUACUGAAUGUUCUGCCGGAGGACUACGCUGCCACUGAGAGUGACGAUGUGUCUGUGCAGUUGUGUUUCAUUUGCCUGCUUCACUUAGCAAAUGAGCACAAUCUGCGCAUCGUAGAUUGCCCAACGAUGGACGAUCUGCAGAUUUUUCAAGUUUAGUAAGUCACCGCCAUGUAAUUAGGAACCGAUUAUGUUUUUAAAAAUCCCAACCUUCGUAUGAAACUCGAAAUAAUCUCAGCUGUACAGCAAGUAUCCUAAACAUAAUCUCCUGCAAUUACCCAAUUCCUGUAAAUAUUCAAUGUGGCACAGACUUCUCAGGGUUGGGUCCCGUCUACCAUCCAAUUAAGUAUGUAAAUAUUUGUGAACAAUUUCUUACUUAGUUGUUUCGAAUGACAAGGAUAAAGGAUAUCCUCUUCCUGAAACUACGUUUCCUCAUUAAAUGUUGUCUUAGAAUGUGGUCUAUUUUUCAAUUAGUA